AUGGCUGCCAGACAUGACACCACCCAAAACCGGGCGGCUCUUGAAGAGUUCGUUCGCCAACCAGUGAGGAGUUAUAUGAUUCAACAUUUGGCCAAACAAGCAUCACAGGUCAUUCGCUGUGAUCAGGAACCCAGCACAUCAGAUAGUCUGCCGACACCUCCCUCAACACCUCCACAGAAUGCCGCUUCAGAGCCCGCCCAGGCACCACUGCCAUCCUUGGAACAGUUCAUCACCUCCCUCGUCAACAGAUCAUCCGUUCAAGUCCCAACUCUUAUGACCUCUCUGGUAUACCUCGCACGUCUGCGCUCAAGGUUACCUCCUGUGGCCAAGGGUAUGCGAUGCACCGUUCACAGAAUCUUCUUGGCUGCCUUGAUCCUAGCAGCCAAGAACCUCAACGACUCCAGCCCCAAGAACAAGCACUGGGCCAGAUAUACCACCGUCAAGGGAUUUGAGGGUUUCGGUUUCGGUCUGGCUGAAGUGAACUUGAUGGAAAGGCAACUGCUGUACCUCCUGGAGUUUGAAACCAGAGUCACCGAGGAGGAUCUCCUCGAGCAUUUCGAACCCUUCCUGGCCCCUAUUCGCUUCCAGAUGGAACUACAACAGGAGGAGGCUGAGCUCAUCAGCAGCCACCGACACUGGCAUUCGCACCAAGCUUCCUAUGACUCCGCAGUUGGUCUGCCUCUACCACCAUCUCGCCAGGUCCGGGAUAACGAGCUGCCAAUUCUCGCCACUCCUCCACCAAGAGCAGUUGGUGUGUAUGACUCACCCAGCUCCUAUGCCGACGAAGAGCUUUCUGGUGGACGAUAUACUCGCCACAGAUCCAACAACAGCUCACUCUCACUACCCGCUCCUAGCCACAAGCGAUUCCCAUCACCUUUCCGUCAUCAUAUCAGCAACCGAUCUAUGUCACCUCCUUCUCUCCGUGAUCUUCCUCCCCUUGUUUCCAGCAGGCCUGGUACAAUGCAUAGCCACUCCAGCUCACGGUCUUCAUCAAUGGCUCCUUCAUUAAGAUCUCGAUCUUCCUCACUUGCACCUACGUCACGCGGCACACCAUACACAGCUUCAUCAAAUAUUGAUGACAGUAUUGUCGUGGUUGACCUGACACAAAGUCCCGAUGCCUCCUACCACAGUGCUUAUGGUACAGCUAUCGGUCGACCAAGUCUCAAAGGCCAUCAGACCAGCUUCCAAGGCGAGAGCCAGCAGCCAUCCAAGAAGGUCAAGGCAGAGACUGGAUUCGGUGGUGUGAUGAACCGUAUCUUCAACUCUGCUGCAAGCAAUUACCGGUUGGGUAGGACCCCAGUACAAGCUGCAUAA